GCGGGGCGAAGAGCGCGCGCCCGGGGCCGCGGGGACGCGAGAGCGCGGGGGGCGGGCGGCGUCGCGCGCGCGGAACUGCCGCAGGGUAGCAGCUCGGCGGCUCUCGCGGAGUCGUGCGUGUCCCCGCGGGACCCGGCGCAGACUGAUUUGCAAAAAUGCCAAGUAGGAAAUUCGCCGACGGUGAGAUGGUAAGAGGCCGAUGGCCCGGGAGUUCACUGUAUUAUGAAGUGGAGAUUCUGAGCCAUGACAGCAAGUCCCAGCUUUACACGGUCAAAUACAAGGACGGAACGGAGCUGGAGUUGAAGGAGAGUGACAUCAAGCCUUUAGGUUCCUUUAGGCAAAGGAAGAGUGGCUCAGCUUCCAGCUCUCCGUCCAGACGACGCGGGAGUCGGUCAAGGUCGCGCUCCCGCUCCCCCGGCCGCUCCCGCUCCCCCGGCCGAGCAGCUAAGGGUUCCCGCCGGUCCGCCUCUGCCUCACACCAUGUGGACAUCAAGGAAAUGAAGAAGGAAGUGUUGGAAGUGAAGUUGACUCCACUGGUAUUGAAGCCAUUCGGAAAUAGCAUCAGCCGGCACAACGGGGAGCCGGAGCAGCGAGCGCAGAACGCCGUGCCGCACAGGAGCGCGCAGGAACAAUUCCCUUUGUCACAAGAAAGUAGUUACACGUCUAUACAGCAUAGCCUUCGUCCAAGAAGAGAAGAGAGCAAAUUUAAAAAAAUAGACUUAGAGGAAGAAAAAAUUGUUACGAAAGGACCUACAUUGAGAACCUGGGACGUGACAGCCACACAGACGAAGGACUUGGAGUUCGGAGGAGUCCCUGGUGCAUUUCUUAUCAUGCUCGGCCUGCCCGCCUUCCUCUUCCUGUUGCUGUUGAUGUGUAGGCAGAGGGAGCCCAGUCUUCUGAACUUCCCGCCUCCUCUGCCAGCUCUGUCUGAUCUGUGGGAAGCCAGAGUGUUUGGGGCCUACCUCCUCUGGUUUGGGGUUCAGGCUUUGUUCUACUCGCUGCCAAUCGGGAAGGUGGUAGAAGGAACACCUCUGGCCGAUGGAAGAAGACUCCAGUACAGGCUAAAUGGGUUCUAUGCUUUCAUCCUGACGUCGGCAGCCGUGGGAGCCGCUCUCUUCUGGGGCGUGGAGCUCUGCUACGUGUACCACCAUUUCCUUCAGUUCGCACUGGCGGCCCUCGUGUUUGCUGCCGGCUUGAGUGUUUAUCUCUACGCGCGGGGCCUGCGUGCGCCCCGGGGGGACCUGUCUCCGGCCAGCUCUGGAAACGCCAUCUACGAUUUCUUCAUUGGCCGCGAGCUAAACCCUCGGAUCGGGACUUUUGAUCUCAAAUACUUUUGUGAACUGCGCCCGGGACUGAUCGGAUGGGUGGUGAUUAACUUGGUGAUGCUUUUGGCUGAGAUGAAGUUACAGCACCGAGCUGCCCCGUCCUUGGCGAUGAUUCUGGUGAACAGCUUCCAGCUCUUAUACGUGGUGGAUGCGCUCUGGAACGAGGAGGCGGUGCUGACCACCAUGGACAUCACCCACGACGGCUUCGGCUUCAUGCUGGCCUUCGGGGACCUGGUGUGGGUGCCCUUUGUCUACAGCCUGCAAGCCUUCUACCUGGUGCUCCAUCCCAACCAAGUGUCCUGGCCGCUGGCCGCUCUGAUUGUCGCUCUGAAACUUUGUGGAUAUGUAAUCUUCCGAUGUGCAAAUGCUCAGAAAAAUGCGUUCCGGAAGAAUCCCGCUGAUCCAAAGCUUGCACAUUUAAAGACCAUUCACACUUCAACGGGAAAGAAUCUUCUAGUUUCCGGAUGGUGGGGCUUCGUUCGCCACCCCAACUACUUGGGCGACCUCAUCAUGGCCCUGGCCUGGUCCCUCCCGUGUGGUUUCCAGCACAUCCUGCCCUACUUCUACGUGGUCUACUUCACCGUGCUGCUCGUGCACCGCGAGGCCCGGGACGAGCGCCAGUGCAGGAGGAAGUACGGGGUGGCCUGGGACCAGUACUGCCAGCGCGUGCCCUACCGCAUCGUCCCCUACGUGUACUGACCGCCCGCCGCCCCCGAAGGGGCCUUCGCGCGCCGCACGGAGAGGUUCUGUAAGCUCCUUUCUGAGCCAGGACUGUGGAGCCAAGUAGUCAGUCUUUUACUAUAGCCCUGAGUAUGAUUUUAAAUCAUAACAUUUAACACGAGGAAAGACAAAGAUGUUAAGACUUUGCAUUCAAAUAGGAAAUGUCUAGCCCUUAAAAAUCUGCAGGCCAGUCUCAUUAUUGCCCUGAGAAGAACUUUCCAUGUUUAUGGGUUUGAUUUUAAAAUGCCGGUCUUGUUUUAUAAACACUGUUACAAUGACAGUGGAGUGUGUUUUACUGCAGGAAGAGAAUAGCAUUUGCCUUCAAGUUGAAGUAAGAGGUUAUUAGCAGCGCUGUUCAAGGGACACCAUUCGUAGUAGCUUGCUUACCCUGAACUUCUGAACCUGCCUUCGGAAAUGUAAAUACGUAGCCUUUAUGUAACAUAUGGUGACUCUGGGUUUCUCUGUACAGUGUUUUGAAUGUGAAAUAAUUGUCAGGACUAAGUAUCUUAACAAAAACAUUUGCAGUAUUUUAAAUUAAGUUCUGUAAAGUAAUACAUGUGAAUUAUAAUUUUUGAAACAGAAUUCACUUGGUAUUUUGUAAAAGAUGCUAUUAAGACAUAGGAAGGUAUUUUUCUUAAUCCAAAGUUUGCAAAUUAGGCUUUUCUACCUCAAUUGCAGGUGUUUGUUUGCCUUUAUAAA